AUGCCAGCUGAAUUGCAAACAAAAUUAAUGUGGUAUAAUGGACCAUCGUGGCUCGAACACUCCGAAGAACAGUGGCCCGCGAACGCGAUUCAACUCCUCGAACAAGUUCCCGAACAACGUCCGGUAAUCGCUUGCGUCGCGUCGAUUAACGCGUGCGAUGUAUUGAAAAAAUACUCCUCGCUGAUAAAAACAAAACGUAUCAUCGCUUACUGUCGCCGUUAUGCCCAUAACUUAUCCAGCAAGCGCACACACAAACCAAAACUCUUUGGCGCACUCUCGAUCGAAGAACUCGAAAGCGCGAUGGAUACUAUAAUAAAGAUGGUCCAACGCGAAAAUUUUGCUCCCGAAUUCAAUUCGUUAUUGUCAAACGGUACGACAAAGGGUCCGUUCGCGAAACUGAAUCCUUUCGUGGAUUCAGGGGGGAUAAUCAGAGUUGGAGGUCGAAUUUCGCGCUCCGAUUUGCCACACACGACAAGACAUCCUGCAUUAAUGCCGGGAAAACACGAAAUCACGGAACUCGUCAUACGCGAUAGGCAUCACGCCCACUAUCACGCCGUCAUCCAGGCCACUCUCGCUGCAAUAAGAGAGCAGUUCUGGGUGGUUAACGGAAAAACAAUGGUAAAACGCGGAAUAUACCAAUGCGUAACGUGCCGUCGCGCUAAACCAGUCAUGCUCAAUUACAACAUGGCCGAUUUACCGAGGGACCGCGUUACCUGUAGCCGACCGUUCUCGUCCGUGGACCUCGAUUAUUGCGGUCCAAUACAUACAAAAGAAAAACGUCUUCGAAAUCGAAAUAAAAUCAAGGUUUACAUCGCGAUAUUUAUAUGUCUCGCAACUAAAGCCGUUCACAUACAAAUAGUCAGUGAUCUCACGACCGAAGCCGUCAUCGCGGCACAUAGACGAUUUUUCGCUCGUCGCGGGAAACCGGCUCACAUCCAUUCCGACAACGCUACAACUUUCGUCGGAGCCAAUCGCGAAUUAAAAGAGCUAUCCGCGAUGAUAAGGGACCGACGCGAACACAUCGAAACAAAUUUAGCAAACGACGGAAUCAAGUGGCAUUUUAUUCCACCGCGAUCGCCACACUUCGGCGGCCUUUGGGAAGCCGCCGUAAAGUCUUUUAAACAUCAUUUUUCACGUGUCAUCGGUGAAACGCUGCUCACAUACGAAGCGCUUCAUUCUUAUGCAACUGAAAUAGAAGCCAUUUUGAAUUCGCGACCGCUAACUUCCUUAUCCUCGGAUCCUAACGAUUUCAACCCGCUCACCCCCGCGCACUUCCUAAUCGGUGGUCCGCUGACAAGCAUCCCUGAGCAUGACUUCAGGGAUACGAAUGUCUCGCAGCUGUCAACGUGGCAGCAUGUCCAGAAAAUGAAGCAACAUUUUUGGACUCGCUGGCACAAGGAAUACCUGCACGAGUUGACCGUACGCCGAAAAUGGCAUCGUGGUCAAACCAACGAUCUGCCAGUCAACACCAUGGUCAUCCUACACGAGGACAACGCGCCGCCGAUCCGGUGGCCUCUUGGACGGAUCACGGAGGUUCAUCCUGGAGAAGAUGGUGUGAUCCGAGUAGCAACCGUGCGAACCACGAACGGAACGUACAAACGUUCAAUUAAAAAACUCUCGCCUCUAUUUUUGAACAACUGA